CUUUCUCUCUCUCCUUUCUCCCUCUCUCUCUCUCCCUCUCUCUCUCUCUGGUUGAGAAAGCAAGGGGGGAUACUAGAGGAGAUAUACUGUUACCCUGUCUCUCUCCUACAGAGCUCGUAGUUACCUUCUAAGUCCCACACUGGAGACUUCAACUAAAAGAGGACUAGAGGAGAGGGAGACUAUUUUUUCACAGCACAAGGGCCACAACAGUCUUAUCUCUUUUUGGGUGUGUGUGUGUGUGUGUGUGUGUGUGUGUGUGUGUGUGUGACUUGAAAAACAAACAACUCAUUUUUGUUCUCGUCUUGAAGGCGCGGACGGCGGUAUUUCUUUCACUCCACUCCCCCACCCACCCUCCCCCAAGAAAAAGUGGGGUCGGUCUUUAGCCAGGCGGGUGGAUGAGUUGUGUGGAUGUUAUUUCCUGGAUAUUGUCUUCGGGCUGUGUCUUACCGCGGCCCAGAGACGGCAACAGUGUGUGGAAAAGUACAUUUGUGUGUUAAACAUAUGGCUUCAACGAGGAUAACACGCUGGAUGCUUGGUGAAGCAUGGUGGUGAAGAUGGUUAGAACGCACUUAAUGGGGCCACUGUCAUGGGGCCGGGUCAAAUGGCCGAGCAUAAUGGGAACAGGAGUCCUUUAUCUGCUGCUGCUAUCAACCUGUCUCGGCCAAGACACAGAAGAUUGGCAAUAUGAGGAAUGUAAACUGUCUCGGUCGGGUCCUCCUGCUACCAUUGUUGCCAUAGAUGAAGAAAGCCCCAACGGAACGUUAUUGGUGGAGAACAUGCAGAUAAAUGGCGUGGCUGAGGGUCCAGAUCGUACCAUCUCUCUGUCUCUAAGGGAUAACUACGACCAUUGGGUGAUCCUUGACCCUUCCAAACAAGCCCUUUACCUCAACAGCACUGGACGGGUUCUGGAUAGAGAUCCCCCCUCAUAUAUUCAGUCCAUUGUGGUUCAGGUUCAGUGUACCAAUGAGCUGGUAGGCACUGUGAUUUUACAUGAAGUGCGCAUCGUUGUUCGAGACCGCAACGACAACGCACCUAGUUUCCAACAGCCAAGAUACUAUGUCGCCGUCAGUGAGCUGACACCAGUAGGAACCACUAUUUUCUCUGGUUUCUGGGGGAACAAUGGUGCAACAGACAUUGAUGACGGUCCCAACGGACAGAUAGAGUACACCAUCCAGUACAACCCCAAAGACCCGACAACAAACAGAACCUUUGACAUCCCACUGACACUGUUUGGCUCCGUAGUUCUCAGAGAAAGACUCAACUAUGAGGAGAUAACACGGUACCUGGUCAUCAUACAGGCAAAUGAUCGAGCCCCCUAUCCGAGUGAGCGCCGUACAGCUACCACCACUCUAACAGUGGAUGUACUGGAUGGUGACGACUUGGGUCCCAUGUUUCUACCUUGUACACUUGUGGGAAACACCCGCGACUGUAGUCCCAUCACGUAUAGGGCUAAUGUGCUGGAGCUGACCGAGCCGAAUAAGGUGAGCCCCCUCAAUGUGACUCCACCCAUUCAAGCUGUGGACCAAGACAGAAACAUACAGCCUCCCUCUGACAGGCCAGGGAUUCUAUACAGCAUCCUCGUUGGCAAACCGGAGUCCUAUGCAGAAUAUUUCAGCUUGAACAGAACCACAGCAGAGCUCCUGCUACUAAAGCCCAUCGAUAGAGAACUCCACCGCAGAUUUGAUCUGGUUAUCAAGGCAGAGCAGGACAAUGGCCACCCCUUGCCAGCUUUUGCCAACCUCCAAAUCGAAGUUCUGGAUGAAAACAACCAGGCACCCUACUUCCUGGAGACCAGUUACCAUGGCUACAUCAGUGAGGCAUCACCAGUGGGAACCACCAUAGCGACCAAUGCCAGCCUGUCUGCACCGCUGGUCAUUGUAGCUCUGGAUAACGAUGUGGAGGAGACCAGGGAUCCUCAGCUCCAGUUAUCAUUGGACAGCUAUUAUCAUGUUUUCUCUGCAUCUGCUACUGGGAUCAGAAGAUAUCUCACCCUGGUGCAACCACUGGACAGGGAGACACAGGACUCCUAUACAUUCACGCUUGUAGCAUCUGAUGGCGUCCAGCAGAGCGUUCCGGUUACCGUGAAAAUAACGGUGCUGGAUGCCAACGACAACACUCCCACUUUUACUAAUGUCUCUUAUAAUGUCAACCUAUUUACUGAUAUGAUGCCUGGAGAAACUGUGUUACAGCUGUCAGCAGUAGACUCAGAUGCAGGUCCCAACGGUCAAGUCACCUAUCGGAUCUUAGCUGGUGACCAGGGACAUUUUCUCAUUGGCAACAGCACUGGGGUGAUUACUGUGGCACCAGGUGUUGAGCUCACUGUUGGGCGGAGCUACGCUUUGACUGUAGAAGCCAUGGACAAUGGGCCUGUACCUCAAAGAAGGUCGUCCAUUACUACGGUAUAUAUCGAAGUUUUGCCUCCAAACAACCAGAGCCCUCCCCGUUUCCCCCGGCAGCAAUACAGCCUAGAGAUCAGUGAAGCUAUGAGGACGGGAGCUACUCUGCUCAAUCUGCAGGCAGUGGAUCGGGAGAGGGACCCCAUCACGUACGAAAUCCAUAGUGGUGACCGCCAUGGACAUUUUGUGCUACAGCAGAAUUCAGGGUAUUUGGUUCUGGACAAGCCUCUGGACAGGGAGUCUCUGGAUUAUUAUACCCUGGUGGUCACAGCCUCAGACGGACACCCAGAUGGGACCUCCACAGCAACGGUGAACAUUGUGGUGACAGAUGUUAAUGACAAUGACCCGCUGUUCGAUUCUUCACUGCCAGUGAACCUCACUGUCAUCGAGGAGCAGAAUCACGCCUACGUUGGACAGGUCAAGGCUAUAGACCCAGAUCUGGGGGCAAAUGGUCAGGUCCAUUAUCGUCUCGUCAACCACCAGAAGUCGUUUUCCAUCAAUGCCACCGGUGCGAUCAGAACUGCGGUGCCACUGGACAGAGAGGUGAAAGGCCACUACUUUCUGAUCGUUGAAGCCUGGGAUGGAGCGGUGGACCCUCGGCGAUCCAGAUUAACACUGUCUGUUACCGUUCUGGAUGUAGACGACAACAGCCCGAUAUUCACCCAACAGACUUACAAUGUCAGCCUACCAGAGAACAGCCCCAAAGAUACAGUCAUUUUACAGUUAAAGGCGAUAGACGCUGACCUCGGCUCCAACCUCACAUAUCGAAUCAGAACUGACGGCUCGGACCAGGAAAUCACUCAGCUAUUCCACAUCGACCCAGUGACCGGAGAGCUGUCUGUUCUCAAAGUUCUGGACUACGAGGCUCUGACUGACUCCGAACCAACAUACACAUUCACUGUAGAGGCCAUGGACACCGAGGGAACCAUGCCUCCUGGACUAACCUCUGUUACUGUCAGAAUCACGGACAUGAAUGACUUUUCUCCAGUAUUCAGCCAGUCAGUGUACCGAGGCAUGGUUGCCCCUAAUGCUGUCAAGGGAACAAUCGUAACCACAGUGAUGGCCAAUGACUCUGACCCUGCGGGUACCCCAGCAGGUCUGGUGCGCUAUAAAGUAAACCUGGAGGCUUAUCCAUACUCUGCCAAAAUAUUCGAUGUAGAUGGAAAGACGGGAAAUGUGGUAACCAGAGUAAACCUCAAUGAAGAGCCCAACCUCAAGUUCAGUCUGGUGGUGGUGGCCUAUGAUGAUGGUGAACCUGCAAAGGAGAACACAACUCUAGUAGAGAUCACAGUCCUUCAGCCGUCUGUCAUUCCUGUGUUCACUCAGGAAGAAUACAGGUUUCCACCAGUGAGCGAGGAGGCUGCUGUUGGAACCCAAGUGGGAGUCAUCAUGGCAGCUGCUGUCAAUCAAACUAUCAUCUACUCUAUCACUGAAGGCAACGAGGGAGGUACGUUUGCAUUAAACGUAACGACAGGAGUGAUUUCGACAGCCAAGCCCCUGGACUAUGAGGCCAAUUCCAGCUACGUUCUGAAGGUAGAAGCGGACUCCAUGAGAGUGGGGUCCUCAAACUUCCGAGCUCCCUCUAAGACUAACACAGCUAAGGUGAUAAUUGACAUCCUGGAUGAGAACGACCACCCGCCAGUUUUCAGCAGAUCUCUUUACAUCGGAGGGGUUGCAGAAGAUGCAAAAACUUUCACCUCCGUCUUGCAAGUACAGGCCCUGGACAAAGACACUGGUAACUACAGCUCUAUGAUGUACCGGCUGAUCAUUCCCCCUCCUGCUGGUAAAGAUACUAAAGAUAGCAAAGAUGGCUUCGUCAUCGAACCGUACAGCGGCGUGGUGAAGACGGCAAUCAUGUACCGCAACAUGAGGAGGUCAUAUUUUAAGUUUGAGGUGGUUGCCACAGACAACUAUGGUCAAGGACACAGCAGCAAGGCGGAGAUAGUGGUGUCAGUUGUGAACCAGCUGGACAUGCAGGUGGUCGUAUCAAAUGUCCCCCCAACUUAUGUGGAGAAAAACAAAGACAAGCUGCUCAGCAUUUUGGAGCGCUAUGUCCAAGAACAGAUACCAGGUGCAAAGGUUGUCGUGGAAACCAUCGGGCCCAAUCGCCAUGGCGAUGGAAUGGAGCAGGAAGACUACACCAAGUCGGACCUGAUGAUUUAUGCUAUCGACCCGCUGACAAAUAGAGCUGUAUCUAGACAGGAACUCUACAAGUUCCUUGAUGGUAAACUCUUGGACAUAAAUAAAGAGUUCCAGCCCUUCCUCCCUCCUGGUGGACGGAUUCUGGAGAUCCGAACCCCUGAAGUCGUUACCAGCGUAAAGAAAGCAGUGCAGACUGUAGGCUACACAGAGGGGGCACUGUUGGCUCUGGCAGUUAUCAUCAUUAUCUGCUGUGUCCCCGCCAUACUAAUCGUCAUUAUCACCUACAGACAAUUCAAAGAACGCCAGGCAGAGUGUGCCAAAACAGCCCGAAUCCAGAUGGCACUGCCAACAGGCAAACCUGGGGGAGGCACUGCCAACAACCUGUAUGAGGAGCUGGGCGACAACGCCAUGCGUGGAUAUGGACAACAUGAGACACAACAACUUCUCCGACCUUCUCUGCUCAGACCAGAGGAGUUAUCAAUGGAAUCUGGCAUUGACCCCGGCCAGGAUUACUACACUCAAGAUUAUUACAACUAUGAUCAUGGGUAUGACCUUCCUCAGUACGGCAGUCGCAGGAAGCUGAUCUCCCCCUCUGGUCUCUAUGAUGAAUAUGGAGAAGUUGUUGUUGAUGAUGACGGCAGCUACUACUACAGCCCACAGGAGUCUGAAGGAGAGGUGAGGAGACAGUUUCAAGGAGGUAGAUUAGCGCCACCCCCUGCCUACCUCCAGCAACGUCCUCCACCUUCUCACGAGCCCUCAAGGAAGACCCCAGGAGCCCCAAGAACUGUGGGCGACAAAAAACAAGCGUCAGAGGGUGGUUCAACAACGAAGCCUAAGAGCUCGAGUGCGGCCGCCAGGUUGAAGGCCGUGAUGAGCGUGAGCGCUCUGCUGUCCUCUGGGAGUAAAACAUCUGGACAACCUCCUGCCAUCCACCCGCCCUGGAACAAAGCCAGGGUCAGGCCCGUGGAAGUGGGGGAAGGAAGUAGAGACAGAUUGGAGGAAAGAGAGAGUGACAGAGCAGGAAGAGGAUUAGAGAGAUGGGAAGCAGGGAAAAGAGAAAACAAAGGGGGAGGAAGAGAUGAAGCGGCAGAGAGAGGGAGGGAAAGAAAAAUGGAAACAUGGGGAAGAAGCAACAGAGGUGGUGUGACAAACAAUGGGAUGAGAAAUGAUGUUGAAAGAGGAGAAGGCGUCAGGCCAGGGCACAGGGGAGAGCUCCCUGGCUUGUCGUCCUCUGGCCACUUCGUCAGCCUGGACGGUGGCAUGGUCAUCGACGGGAGUUAUUUCCAGACGUCCGUUGAAGCCAGCAAACCCCCUCCGGUAAAACAAAAGCUGAGUGAGGCCCUCAGUCUUAUCUCUCUCGCCAGAAGGCUUCAGGGACCUGCCCGGGUGGGGGACGAACAGUGGAGGAAUGGAAAAAGCUGGGAUGGAGGAGAGGAGAAUGGCAGGAAGAUGUAUGGCUCCCUAGGAGAUAUGAGUGUUUCUGCCAUAGUGUCUGAGAGAGCCAUGGGGGAGGAGAGGAGGAGGAGGAGGGAGAGGGACUUACGAGAGGAGAAUAGCUCCUCUGAGGUGUGGUGGAAGAGAGAAAAAAGAUUUAAUGACAGCGAUUCAGAAACAGGCAGUGGCAGCAAGGAGUCUCCAUCAGAGUUCAGUCUCUCCAACACAAGUAGCCCCACCUCAUCCGUUACAGCCGAGCACCGCAAGACCGAAUCUGAUACAGAUUCAACGGGAAAAAAUGAGUCCGACUCGGGAACAGAAAGGGAAGGGGGAACUCCCGAGACAGAGUCAGAAAGUGGGAGCCUGAGAGGGUCAGAGUCUGAGUGGGAGUCAGGGUUAGAGAGUGAGGAGGAGAGGAAAGAGUUGAGCAGAAAACGCUCGAAAGGUAGUAUCAGUAACAGUUCUGCGAGCAGCAACAGUAAUAAUAGUAAAAGUAAAAGUGGCAGUGCCAACGCAAAGAGGGAAAGAACAAGCAGACAGAGGGAAAACGGCAAAGAGGAUCGAAACAGCAGCAGCGACUCAAAAAGUUUGAGAUAUUCAGGUUCUAGGCCCCAAACAUCUAGACACUCCCGUUCGUCACAUGAAACAAUAGAGGAAGAGAGCGAGGAAGACGAAGAAUCAGGAGAGGAGGAGAAGGAAGAGGCGAAAGGCGUUGGAUCACGGAAGUCUUCGUCGAGCGGGCGGGCCGCCAACCACAUCCAAUCAGACAUCAGCUCAGGCGUGAUCGACGACUCAGACGACUUGUCACCCAUCAUCGAGGACACCGAGGAGGAGGAGGAGGAGAGAAGCAGGGGCCAUGGCGGGGAGGAAGACAAGGAUGAAGAAGAGGGGGAUUUGGAAAAUGAGUCGGCUGAUUGA